AUGACAAGAGUAAUAUAUAAAUAUUAUUAUGUAUGCGAAAGAUGUAAUGAACGAAUUGAUAUAAGAAAAUGCCUGAAAUGUUUGGCAGAGCUAAAAGCUAACUUACCUAGGAGUACAACAAUUGAAACAGUUGCCAGACCUGCUCCUGAUACACCGACUACAACUGCCACUACUACCAGGACGCCUCCUCGUCCCGUCCACCCACCGACUACAACUACAACUACAACUACUGGCCCAAAAGAAUCUGUCAAUAAUUGCGGUUUUUCUUACGAUAAUAAUGGCUUUCAGUCCGGUGAGCUUGGUGCCAAAAACUGCAACAUAAAGGGCACCCUUCAACUUCCCACAAAUACACAGAAAAAUGUAAAAAAAAUUGGUAUUAAAGUCCGACAUAACUAUUGCGAGGAACUUUUAUUCACAAAAGUCCGACAUAACAAGUUUAUGAAAAGUAGAGUUCUCUCAUUUUGGAAGUCUAAAAUGGACCUUUUUACCAACAACCUACCCUUCACCAUCGACAUUCCUCCGGAAAUCCUCAAAAGCAUAAAAAUUGCACCUAACCAAAGAAGGAUGGAGUUUGAAUUAAUCGCCAUGCUAGACGGAAAAGAGGAUACCUCCGUUUUGGUACCAACGUAUCUACAUAAUUCGCCAAAAAAAGUGAUAAAUCCAUCUUGGUCAACGGAUUUGUACAGAGUUGACUUGGAUAAUCACUUUUCACCAAAUACAAACUAUGGCCACAUAGUGAUCGCUCCAAGAGCACAAGUAAACCGAUUAAUAGUCGGUAUAAAAGAAUACUAUUCGUUAUCUAAUGCACCCUUUCAGAAACGUUAUAUUGUAAGAAAUAUAAUCGACGGUAGUAAGUUCAUCACGUUAACCCCAAAAACAGUAGGGACUUGUACUGAGGUUGGUUCCAAAGUCAAAGAAUCCUUAUUCUUGAUACCUUCAUCAAAUUCAAUGCUCUACGAUUUUUCAAAGCACAGUGAAACUAAGGUUUAUCAUAUGAUUAAGGUAAAAAUAUUUUUAGAGGGUAAAGAUGAGAUCAAGCUUAAGCGACAGUGUUUUGUGGUCCCUUAG